AUUGGGCGGCGCGGGCCCAGUGGUUGCAGCGCAGCAGCAGCAGGCGCAGCCAUGCCGGUGGACCUGGGGCUGUGGAGCGGGCCGCUGAGCCUCACCGAGGUGGAGCAGAAGCCGGCGCACCCGCUGCGGGUCAAGUAUGGUUCCGUGGAGAUAGACGAGCUGGGCAAGGUGCUCACACCCACCCAGGUCCAGAACCGCCCCACCAGCAUCGAGUGGGAUGGCUGUGAUCCUCAGAAGCUUUACACCCUGGUUCUCACAGACCCAGAUGCUCCCAGUAGGAAGGACCCAAAGUUCAGGGAAUGGCAUCAUUUCCUGGUGACCAACAUGAAAGGCAACGACGUGGGGAGCGGGACCGUGCUGUCAGAUUACGUCGGCUCCGGCCCUCCCAAAGGAACAGGGCUACACCGCUACGUGUGGUUGGUGUACGAGCAGCCCAAAGAGCUUUCCUGCAACGAGCCCAUCCUCUCCAACCGCUCGGGUGACAAACGAGGGAAGUUCAAGGUGGCUUCUUUCCGUACCAAGUACCAGCUGGGGGUGCCGGUGGCGGGUACUUGUUACCAGGCCGAGUGGGAUGACUACGUGCCCAAACUCUACGAGCAGCUCUCGGGCAAGUAGGGCCUGGAAGCAACGCUGUGCAUCCCCCCCCCCAGCACACAUCCCUCUUGUUUUGUUUAAUUAAUGAGUUGAACCCUACUGCUCCUGCACCUGCUGAUGGAGCUGUGUCCCUCUUGAGUCCC